CUGGCCCACGUCCUCUCGCUGCCCCUGCGAAUAUACUACUACAUCAACCACACGUGGCCUUUUGGGAGGUUCCUCUGCUUGCUGUGCUUCUACCUGAAGUACCUCAACAUGUACGCCAGCAUCUGCUUCCUCACCUGCAUCAGCAUCCAGAGGUAUUUCUUCCUCUACCAGCCGUUCAAAGCCAAGGACUGGAAGCGCCGCUACGACGUGGCCAUCAGCGCCCUGGUCUGGCUCUUCGUGGGGUUGGCCUGCUUGCCCUUCCCCAUCAUGCGCAGCUACGGCCUGGAUAAAAACCAAAACACCUGCUUUGCAGACCUCCAAGUGUGGCAGAUCAAGAACCAAGUGGCCACCGUGGUGAUGACGGGCGCGGCGGAGCUCUUGGGGUUCAUCGGCCCCCUCGUCAUCAUCUUGUUCUGCACUUGGAAAACCAAAGACUCUCUCCGUGGCUUCCAGAUCCCCCUGCAGAACAGCGGCGAGAGGAGGAAGGCUUUGAGGAUGGUUUCCAUGUGUGCCGUCGUGUUCUGCGUGUGUUUUGCACCCUACCACAUCAACUUCUUCUUCUACAUGCUGGUGAAAGAGAACGUCAUCACGGACUGCUUCCUGAGCAGCGUCACGCUCUACUCCCAGCCCUUCUGCCUCAGCCUGGCCAGUCUGGACUGCUGCUUGGAUCCCAUCCUCUAUUUCUUUAUGACUUCAGAGUUUCAGGACCAGAUCACGAGGCACAGCAGCAUGGUCAUCAGGAGUCGGCUCAUGAGCAAAGAGAGCGGCUCGUCGAUUAAGGAAUGA